CCGCCCUGCUCGGUGAUCACCCGUGACUCCCUGUCACCCACAGGAUGAGUUCUCAGCCCCUCAGCACCCCAGAACCAGCAUGAUCCAGCCCAGUGGUACCCUGCUGGCUGAUUCUUCCCCCCAGGGGACAUUGGCGAUGCCUGGUGGCCUUUUUGAUUGUCUCCACUUAGGGUGUGGGGGGGUGCUCCUUGCACCUGGCGAUAGAGCCCAGGGAUGCUGCCACACAUCCCGGAAUGCGAGCACAGCCCCGCAACCAGGCGUGAGCCGACCCGCACGUCGGUAGUAACGAGGGGAGAGCCCUAACGGGUCGCGCCUGCUACUCGAGCCUCGGCGGAGCUUCCCACCUUGUCGCUGUAGAGCGAGUCCUCGUGCUGACACAGCGUCUGCGUAUUUCUGUCCCGUCUGGUCCCUUCCUUGCCUGAGACUCACAUCGCAAGCCCAUUCCACUCCCUCCUCCCUCCCCUGCCCAGCUCGUCGCUGCUCCUUCACUUUCUAACUGUCUGGCCGGAUGGGGGCGUCCUGAGCCACCGGCGCUGUUCACUGGUGUACCCCAGCAUUUGCGAUGUGAGUUCCUAAAUUAAUAAAUGAAUGAGUAGCAGGAGAUGCUAUGUCAGGAACCAGGGCCUCUGCCGGAUGAGCUGUUAGAACCCCCUCCUUCAAUCCUCUCGUCCCCUGUGAUGAAGUGUGACUGUCCCUGUUUUACUGCACAUUCUUAAACAGGUUCAAAGAGGGGGAGUCAUCUUCACAGCUAUGUUGGGGUCCCUAGGACCACACCCUGGAUUGAUGGUUUACUAGGACUUGCGGGCCUCAGCAUAUAGUCACGCUCAUGCCAUAAAUCAUCACAGCGAAAGGACGCGACGCAGUCAGCAGAGGGGAGGAGCAUGGGGUGAGGUCUGGGGAGACUAGUGCAGCUUGCGGGGUCCCCUCCAAGUGGAGUCUCACAGGAGACACUAACCCCCAUAGUACCAAGGUCUGACAGCGUAUGUGAAAUGUCUGCCCGGGAAGCUAGCUCGUUCGAGACGCAGCCCCAGGGUUUUUAUCGGGGGCUGGUCACGUGCCCCCUCUGCCGGGAACGUGCCAGCAUUCCCAGGAGGAAGGCAGUUCAGCAGAACGGUCCGGGCCAGACGGGGGCAGCCGAGACGCCAGUUGUGACCCACGCGACUCCAGGGCCACGGCACCCCAGCUCCACAUCACUAUCACCUCCUCCCAAUCAACUCAUUUCCCUUUCUCCAAAGACAAGAAGAAUUUAUUCCGAAAGAUGAAAAAUACACGAGCGCACACUGGAAACCACGAGUUGGUGUAAUUUUGUCACGUCGGGACAGAUUUUCUCCAAACUGGACUCCAUGGGCUGCAGAAGCAGCUUAGAGGAGGGCCGAGCCCGGCGUCUUUUCAGUUUUUAAACUCCGGCCACAGUGGAAAUGCGUUGCCCUUGAUGCCCCUGCGCACAUCCGUGUGUGUAAAUGAGGACGCCGCAAACGUGGUGGCUUAAAGCGGCGCACUUUUAUUCUCUUAGAGUUCUGGAGGGCAGGCGUUCGAAAUGGGUCUGACUGGGCUAAAGUCAAGGUGUUGGCAGGGCUCGUUCCUUCUGGAGGCUCCAGGGAGUCUUUUUCCUUGCUCCAUUUCAGCUUCUAGAAGCUGCCUGUAUUGCUUCCCUCCUGGCCUCUGCCUUUACCUUCCAAGCCAGUGGUGGCCUUUCCUCCACGGUAGCACACAUCCCUGGAUUCUGACUCUGCUCCUGUCCUUGAGGAAGUUGGCGGAGGGCAGGAUGCGGGACUGCUUGGGUCCGGGACCCUGCCAUCUCGUACCACAGGCCUGGCCCGUGGAGGCCUCAGGCGGUGUGGUCCGUGGGUGAACGAGAGUGGUGACCGGCUCAGGAAGUACGGGCGUCUCCAACUGGCAGACCGCUCGUUCCCUCCAGCAGUUGCAAGUCCUUCGUGUCCCCAGCCCCAGCCGUCACAGCUCUGAUCGCCCUGGAUUGUGGCUUUCUGGGUACCUCUCCCCCACUGGAUCCGGAGCUGCCUGGCGCAGCGUCUGGCCUGCAGCAGUGUGUGCUAAAGAUCAGGUGGUCAGGAGGUGCCGGAAGGUUCCCGCCGAGCGGCUGGGUGGCCCUCCGUAUCCUGGCUGAUGACAGUGCCGACGACAGUGCCGUUCUCUCCCUGCAGACCCCCCCGGAUCCGAUCUGCCCUCCCCGCCAGAUGUGGCGGAGGAGCCGGAGGCCCUGAUGAGAGGAAGUCCAGAAGCGACAGGCCCUGCCCCUGUCUAUACACCCUGGGGAACAGGAGACAUUUGCACUGUUCCUCUCUUGCAGACAUAGCUGAGGCCAAGAACUGUUCUCCGCUGCAGGACUUCCUGGAGGAAGGACUCUCCCAGGAGCUUCUGGAGGCGUUUUCCAAGGAUGGCCUCUGGAACUUCAACUUGGGAGAAGCCUGCAUGGACGAGAGCUGGUUAGAUAGUCUGCUAGGAGAUCCAGAAAGUCUUCUGAGUUCUGACGUCACCAACGUGGAAAGUCCCACAGAGUGCAAGAGUCACGAACUCAAGAGCGGCCUCAGCCCUGAGCCCCGCCUUCCGACGGGAGAGGAGUCCGUGAUCCAUGAUCUUCCCGAAAAGAACCUAACGCCAGCUGAGUCUCAGGAAUGUAGGAAUGACCUUGGCUACCACUCAGACCAGAGUCAGCAGGACACUGCCCUGGGAGGGGAGGAAGCAUACAAGUGUAGCGAAUGUGGGAAGAGCUUCAGCCGGGGUUGCCAUCUCAUCCAGCACUGGAUUGUUCACAUGCGGGAGAAGUCUGCUGCAAAGCAAGAGCAGGAGAGCGCUUUGGACCAGAGUUCGUGCCUUUUCGUGUAUCCGACGACUCACAAAUCGUAUGUUUGUAACAAGUGCGGGAAAACUUUCAGUCAAAAUACGCACCUCCUCUGGCAUCAGAAAAUUCACACUGGAGAGAAACCACGUAAGAGUCAAGACCGCGGCUGUCCGUCAGGUCACGGCUCUCAGCCUGUUGAGCAGCAGAAAACCCACACAGGUGCUAAACCCUACAAGUGUAAUGAGUGUGGCGAGCAUUUCAGCCGCACCUUUCGUCUCACUCAGCAUCAGAAGACCCACACUCGGAAGCGCUACGAAUGUGCCAAAUGCAAGGCCACCUUCAACUUUAACAAAUAUCUCCUCCAGCAUCAGAAAAUUCACGCCGCAAAAGCUACCUCUCAGUGCCAGGAAUGUGGGAAGGUGUUUCAGCAGAACUUGGCGCUCAUCAAACACCAGUCCGUUCACACCAGAGAAGAGCCGUUUAAGUGUGACAAGUGUGGGAAACUCUUCAGCCAUAUCUUGACCCUAAAGACCCACCAGAGGGUUCAUGGCAGAGAGAAGACUUUCAAAUGCACUGAGUGUGGGAAAGCCUUCUACCGGAACACUCACCUUAACGAACACCUGAGGAUUCACACGGGCUACAGGCCCCACAAAUGUCACAAAUGCAUCAAGAGUUUCAGCCGGCCCUCCCACCUGAUUCGACACCAGUCCGUUCAUGCCACAGAAAAGCCCUACAGCUGUGCCGAAUGUAAGGCGACCUUCAGGCAUAACGAACGCCUUAUUCAACACCAGAAAAUUCAUGCUGUGGAAACCCGCUAUGAAUGUCAGGAGUGUGGCGAGCGCUUCAUUUGCAGCUCGACCCUAACUUGCCACCAGAGCGUUCACACCCGAGAAAAACAAGGACUUGACAAGAGUGGAGAGGCCUUGAAUCAGAACCCAGAAGAGAAAGAACAUCCGGCAACCGACAGAAAGUGCUUUAAGUGUAACAAAUGUGAGAAAACUUUCAGCUGCAGCGAAGACCUCACUCAGCACGAGAGGAUUCACACUAGGGAGAAGCCCUUUGAGUCCAACCAGUGUGGGAAAGCCUUUGGCCAAAGUACACAGCUUGAUCGCCACCAGAUGGCUCACUCGGGAGUGAAGCCCUAUAAAUGUGGAGACUGCGGGAAGGCCUUCAUCCGCAGCGCCUUCUUCGCCAAGCAUCAGCGCACCCACCUGAGCGAGCGCCCCUUUAAGUGUCACGAGUGUGGAAAGACCUUCAGCCAAAGUGCACGUCUCUCAGAGCAUCAGUCAGUUCACACUGCAGAGAAACUCUUCAGAUGUAACCAGUGCGAUGAAGUCUUUGCGCACAAUAACCACCUUACCCAGCAUCAGAAAACCCAUGCCGAAAAGAAAUCCUUUGAGUGUAAGGAAUGUGGAAAAAUGUUCCACCACAGCCGGCACCUUUCUAAGCAUCAGAGAGUUCACACAGGCGAGCAGCCCUAUAAAUGUGGCGACUGUGGGAAAACCUUCAGCCUGAGUGCCCCACUCAUUCGACACCGGAGAGUCCACACUGGAGAAAAGCCUUAUUCUUGUGAGGAAUGUGGGAAAACCUUCAGCCAGAGCUCGUGCCUUUCUGUUCACCAGAGAGUUCACACUGGGGAGAAGCCCUACACGUGUGCCGAAUGUGGGAAAGCCUUCUCCCAGAAAGCAAAUAUGAAGCAGCAUGAGCGAAUUCACACUGGGGAGAAGCCUUACACCUGUGAUGUGUGUGGGAAAGCCUUUGGCCUCAGCGCCCACCUCAGUCAGCACCAGAGAAUUCACACCCAAGAGAAACCAUAUCAGUGUCAACACUGUCAGAAAGCCUUUCGCUACUACUUAGGUCUCCGCCGACAUCAGCGAGUUCACACUGAAAAGUAAGAAGUAGCAAUACCACCCGCAGCAGCCAGAUGGAAGCUGCACACACGGUUAUCUGAGGCCUAAACUUGAAACCAUCACAUUGUAACCCGCCUCUCUAGCACAAUAGAUAAGUCUCUUUAUUAAUAAAGGUUAGAAAACUCGCACACAAAUUGCAUUAAAACAAUGAAAACAAAAGAACCCGUAUGGUGUCCAGAUUCUGAGGUGGACUCGAACCAGUCUGCUGAGUUAAAUCCCAGUUCUGCCAUCUGCUGCCUAAGCGAUCUUGGGAGAGUCGUGGAACCUCUCAGGGCCUCAAAUGUUCUCAUCUGCAAAAUGGGUGCAGUAAUAGUUACUUACCUCAGAGGGCCAUCGUGAGGAUAAAUUAGAUGUAAAGCACUUAGGACCGAGUGCCUAGCAUAUAGUAAGUACUCACUGAGUGUGAGCUCUACGUAUGCAUUAGGUACAACGUAAAUACACUCUUUUAUGUUAAAAGGAAGAGAAGAAUUAGCAACUCUCUAUUGCAAUUAAUGUUCUUAAUAAUAUGCUUUAAUUUUUAAAGUUUUUCUCCAGGAUGUCCUUGGCUUAAUUUGGUUCUCCAAACCUUAAUUUAUUCUUUUUUUAAGUCUUGUCUUUCCCUUUCCUCCAUCUCUCCGCUCUGUCCUAGUAUUUUCUUAACUAACCCACAGAUAGCCCAGAACAACAUAUAAACUAACAUCAAAUGGCUAAAGCUUUCCACUCCUAACCUCUCAAACCUCUGACUCAAAAGGACCCCCUCCCACAUACACAUGCUACCUUUACCAUGAUGGCCUUCCUCCAUUUAAAGUUGUUGGUUAUCCACCGUGAGACCCAAUUUGUCACUGUGGUUAACGUACCGGAAAUAGCUGGAUUCCAUUAGGAAAGCUGUACUGGGUAUUGCCACACAGUUAACAUGAUCUGCGCAGAAGAUGUGCUUGGUGGUGAGAAUUGCGAUGUACGGAAACCACUGCUGGAAUGUUCUUCACCAUUUAUCCAAGCUGGCCACUCACCAGGUGCUUCACUAGGUGCCAGGACGGAAUGUCAAUACGGUAAGGCCUGCCCUUGCCUUGAAGCUUCUGGAAUCCAAGGGAAAUAGACGGCCCCCUUUCCAUAGAGGAGCACAGUUCGGUGACAAGUGCCAUCUUAAAAGGCCAACAUUCCCUCAUCACAGCAAGGUCUGGGGCCACCGAGGAUUGUUGGAAGCCUAUGAGGAAAUGAUGCUUCAUGUUGGAGCCCUCGAGUCAGCCACUUGCUGGGCGAGGCCUGUUCUACAGUUGAGACACCCCGUGGAACCACACAACAGCUCCCUCCUGAUGGUACCUCCUCAACUCAGCUUUGGUGUCCCUUCCGUAAGCCACCCAGUCACCUAUCUGCUGAAGCACAAUCUUAUGAAGACAUUGGACCCACGAUUUUGAUAUCUUUCCUAUUUUUGGUGCUAAAAAAGUUUAGGAGUAUGUGCCCUGUGCAUUUGGGCUUUUCAGACCUUAAACCUUGAGUUCUGCUGGUUGGUUUUGUUGUUGAAACUGGAAACUUAAUGGCUGACCCUUGGGCCCACCGCAGAGUGGGGAGUAUACUGGUUUCCUAGUGGCCAAAAGGUUUGACUCCCUGCUGGUUUAACUCCCGCCCUUGAGAUCAGUCUAGUCUGGGCCGUCAGUCUGUUAUGUACCAAAGGGGCUUACAGAGUGUCGCAGGGUGGGGAGGUGGGAACUCAGAUUGAAAAGUGUGUUCAGUGAGAGUUUUAAGAUCAAACGUACAGGUUGGAGGCCCUGUGGAAAGUCAGCAACCCCUGGGCGGGAAGAGGGGGCGGUCUCUGUAACUAGUGACCUGUAUUGCAUGGGCCAGUGUAGAAUGCCCUUUGUGUAUACGUGUUGGUUGUCUGAUUAAAGUUUUGAGUCUAAAA